AUGACGGUGGAACUCCCGAUCCCCGAUACACGCGUCCUGGCCGUCGCCAGUCAUGUUGUGUCCGGAAAUGUAGGAAACAAAAUCGCCGUCUUCACACUGCAGUCCCUUGGCUGCGAUGUCGCGGCUCUCAACACCGUCCAAUUCAGCUACAAACAAUGGAAGGGGACAAGGGUGUCCGCCCAGGAGAUCCGGGACCUCUUUGAGGGGCUCAAGCAGUCGUACCUAGACGACUUUGACAUGAUGCUCUCGGGCUACAUCCCCGGCGCCGAGGCCGUCGUGGCCGUCGGCGAUAUCGCAAAGGAGCUCAAGCGGAAGCAGGCCGCCGCGGGGACGCCGGGCGGCUUCUUCUGGGUCCUGGACCCCGUCAUGGGCGAUAACGGGAAGCUGUACGUCGCCGAGGAGGUCGUUCCCGCGUAUCAGAGCCUUGUCGAGCACGCCGACUUGAUUCUUCCCAACCAAUUUGAGGCCGAGCUCCUCUCGGGCGUCAAAAUCACCGACAUGCAGACGCUCCAAACCGCCAUCCGCGCCCUGCACACAAAGUACCGCAUCCCCCACGUCGUAAUCACCUCCGUCUCCCUCGCCUCGCCCGACCACCCGCCCUCCCACCUCUCCGUCGUCGGCUCUAGCAUGUCGCCCUCCACUGGCGAACCGCGCCUCUUCAAGAUUGUCUUCCCCGCCAUCGACGCCUACUUCUCCGGCACGGGCGACAUGUUUGCCGCCCUCAUGACGGUGCGCAUGCGCGAGGCCGUCAUCGCCGCCAGCGCCAACAGCGAGGAACAGCAGCAGCUCAAGGACCGCGAAUCCUGGCUCAGCGGCGACGAGGUCGACGCGCUGGACCUGCCCCUCGCCAAGGCGGCGGAGAUGGUGCUGGCGAGCAUGCACGAGGUCCUCACGCAGACGGCGCGCGGGAUGCAGGAGGUCGUCGCGGCCGCUGGCGGGGACGCCUUGGCGGAGACGGAGGAAGGGAGGACGAAGCUUCACCUGCUCAAGAGCAAGAGCGCCGAGCUGAAGCUCGUGAGAAACCUUGCGAGCUUGCGGGAGCCGACUGUGGAGUUGAGAGCGAGAAGGUUGUAG